CUUUUUGCACAAUGCCGUCAAGUUCAGCUGCCAUUGGCCAGUUGGGCAGCCCAGUCCUGCAGCAGGUGUUGGCCAUAGGCCGAUGCCAGUCAUUGAGACCCUUCGAGAUGAGGUGGAGUCCUUCUACUUGAAGAACAAGCGUGGCAAGACCCUAGAGGUGCCAGCAUUUCAGCACAUUUGCUUGGAGAUGAAUCCUUCGCUUCAGGAAACGGUGGAUGAAGUCAACCGCAAGACUGCUGAGCGCAAAGCAGCCCGGCAGAAAAGAACUGAAGAUGAGGAGAGUGAUGACGAGGACGAGAGUGCAGGUGGCAUUGGUGACCCUGAAGAUGAAUCUUCGGAAUCUUCGGUCUGUUCUGAGGGAGAAGCACCGGUUGGGUCUACUGUUGCUACCCAGCCCCAGGACACACCACAUGAAAAGACUUCUGAUCCCGAACAAUCCCCAAAUCCUACUUUGGCCAGUUCAAGUGACACCAAAAAGGAUGAAGGGAAGACCGAUACUGUUGUGACUGUGGAUUCCCCCGAAGAUGCAAAGACAAAGCAGCUCGAGAAAGGGCAGCCAACCCAGGAAGGACAUGUUGAAAAAACGGAGGCUCAAGGUGUAAAGGAUGAGGUUUCACCAGUGGCUUUCCAGGGUUGUAGGAAAGAGGAAGCAAAGCAAUCCAAUCUCAGUGCUGAAGAAGCAAACAGACGCAAAGUAGAAAAAGAUUGUGCAGCUGGCCAUAUCGACCAAGUUGACACUCAGCCCGUGGAUGUGAUGACAGCAAAGACUCCAGAGCACAAGGAACCUUUGUUUUCGCCAGGUCAUGCAGCACAACAAAAACGAGAAGUGUACCAAACCAAGGGCAAGGUCCUACCCAGUCAAUCUGACACAAAGUGUUAUGACAAGGAGAGACCCGAGCCUGGAACCCAUGAACCGAAGAAAGCAUGCAAGGCAAAGGAAGAUGAGGAUUUCACGGAAAGCGACCGUGAGGUGAGUCCACCAAAAGCAAGGACCACGAGGAUGGACCAGCUAAAACUCAAACAUGCCAAGAAAGCAAAAGCGGAUGAGGGUGACCAACUUGUUCAGCCAGGGAGAGGACGCGGGAGAGGUCGCGGGAGGGGUUGCGUUGUCAAGGACAAAAGCGCAGGUUCAGAGAAAGGAAAGCCCCGAAAGACCAAGGAUAGCAAAAAGGAAAACAAGCAAAGUGCAAUGGAUGGUGGGGCAAUUUUUUAUGGGUACACCCUUGAUGAGUGGACUGCUUGGGAUGCAGCAUGCACUUGGUCCCAAAACUAUGAGCACGGGAAAGGGUUUGAGGUUGAGGCAUGGGACAAAGUAGCUAUUUUGGAGCAAAAGAAAAGUAUCUAUGAAUUGCACCAGUUAGGCAAUGAACAAGCUGAAUCUGCAGCCAGCGCAGCAGAUGCAGCAGAUGCAGCAGAACCAAAGCGACGGAAAAAAGCACCAGCAGAGUUAUCCAAACCAGCCAAAGGCUCCACGGAGAAACCUAGCAGCAGCGGCAGCAGCAAGGAUGAGAAAAUCAAAGCAAAGGAUGACUCAGGAAGCAAACGCAAGAAACCAAAGAGAGGGGAAGCUAUUGAAGGUGAUGACACUGCAGGAGAGGCCAAGGAGGAGAGGAAGAGAAAGAAUUCUAGGAAAGGAGAUGAGGCUGAGGCACACCAGGAACAACAAAGGAAGCAGCGGACACGCAACAGCCGUGUGAGUGAGAGCCAUGCACCAGAAGAUCCACAGACCAAUGAAGGAACACCCAGGGCACGAGCAGCACGGCCACAAGCACGAGCACGAGCAGCACACCCACAAGCAGAGCCAGCAGUGGCAGAAGCACCUGAGUUUUCCAUGGCUCUGCCAGCAACAAAGGAUGGAAGGUUGAAAGAAAUUAUGAGUUUUAUGAAAGGGUUUCAGGAUUUGAAGGAAGACACCCAAAUCCGCCAAGCGAUGCGAAUGAGGUUGGCAUGUUUCAGCAACACAUGUCGCCUCAAUGUGUACUGGUCAAGGACCGCUGUGGGACUCACAUGUCGGGCUGAAAAAACAGAUUUGGCCUAUUUUCAAAGCAGAAACAAGGCAUGCCCCGAAAAGUUUCGAAUGGCAGCAGCACACAAAGCAGCUGAGAUGCUUGCACGCUUCGUUGAUGAGGUGAAGGGUCGAGACACAACUCGUGAAGAUGAGAAGAUGAAGGAGCACCCCAAGGUGAUCAACAUGACAUGUCAGCUCAAGGAAAUCCACACCGUGCUCUUGGGUAAAUUGAUCUUAGCCCUUUCUGGAGCCAGCCUAGUCUCUGCAAUGGAGAACGAGGAUUCAGAGCCAGGCCAUUGGCGGAAACUCCAGAGGCGCAAUGGCCUGUGGCAAGUGCGUGUGAACACGCUCAAGAAGAAACGUCACCGGGGCGAGUUUGCGAUGGUGAUAGCCUUGCUUCUGUUCACCUAUGACACCACGCAGGGCUAUGAAUGGUUGGAAUUCUUCGCCGGCCAGGGCAAUUUGACCCGAACGAUGGCCAUGACUCAGUACAAAGCCGUUCGUUUCGAUUUGAUUGACCAUGACAAGGAAGCACAUAGGCUAGCUACCCUUGCCGUACUACGUGGAAAACUGGACGACUUUGGGGUUCAUUUUGGACUAAAAUGCGCAUCCUUCAGCAAGAUGAACACUGGAACAUCUGCACGUUCAGCAUGCAAUGCUAUCGGGGUGGAAGAGUACCAGUCAGUAAAUACUGGCAACAUGCUGAUGGAGAGGAGUUGUUUACUGAUCUUGCUCUGCACCUGUCUUGGUGCCGCAUGGAGUCUUGAACAACCAUCCGGUAGUCUGGCAGAAUAUUACCCGGCCUUCAGGGAGACCAUCCGAAGUAUUUUUGACAGCGGUGGUCCAGACGCAGCCGGGAUUUACCCGGUGCCUUUUGCCCGUGCAUUCUGCGACAUGCUGGAGGACUUGAAGGCUGCCUGCAAAGGAAAACCUGAGCUUCCAGACCCAGUGCCCGAGGCAUUGACAUCAUUUCAACAGAUGGAAUACGCUGCUGUGCAGCCAGAGCCUUCAGGGGUCCAGCCGCCAGUUCCUACACCAGUUCGAGCGGAUGCAGCUAUUCCACAAGUGGAACAACAGAGCGGUGAUGAUACUAGUGGAGAUAGUCCCAUGACUGGUGGCGCUCCCGUGCCACAGGUUGAUGCCAAGGUUCCUGAAGCUCCACUUCAGACCAGCAACGCAGCAUCUCAGCCUGAGUGCAAGGGGGCCCCAGCUGAAGGUGAAACAGCAGAUGCUGCAAAGGAGGUGUCCCGGAAGGUGAAACUGCGAAACGCAGCCAAAGCGAAGAUCAUCCGCUGGGUCAAACCGAAGAGCAAACGAAUGGAUCGCAAUGCCCCAGAGGACAAGAUCGAAGGGGCCAAGUCACGGUGCAAAGCUUUGGGCGAGGGCUACUAUAGGCACAAUAUGUAUGACGGGAACGAAGAGUUCUGGGUCAUAGUGAAGGAGUCGGGAAAGCGACAGGAGGACGAGGAUGACGAGGAGGACGAGGAGGACGAGGAGGACGAGGAGGACGAGGAGGAGGAGGAGGCAACGGGGGAGCCCAAGUUUGAGCUUGGUGACAAGUUCAAAAGUUUGGAGGCAAGCAGUACCCGUCAGCUGGCCGAGAAGGAGAAAGCAGCAGCACUUGGCCCCAACGCCGAAAGCAAGUUUGGGCAGGAUGUGUGGGCAAAAGGGGAAGCCGAAGGCUUCUUUACUGAGUCGUGCUCGAAAGCCGUUGCAGUGGAACUGAAGACCAGGAGCCAAAAGAAGUUCUUCGACAAGAGCAUUGAGGAUGGCGAGCCGGCCAAGCCGAAGAAGGAGAAGAAGGAGAAGAAGGUCCUGCUCCUGGAUAUGCUGUCAGAGGCUUUUCACAAAGAAUUGGUGAUGGCGUCCAGUGCUCAAAUGGGUUUGAUCUACGGUGGGUGGACUUGUGAAUAUCAUUGCACGGCAUGGAAAGCUUGGGACCUUUUCCAUGGCCAAGGGGCAGCAGUACAGUGCCAGAUUGCCGUCUGCAAGCUGAGCCUGGGCAAGGGUAUGAUGGGCAGAGUGGAUCAUCAUCACAAAUGGUCUAAAAUGCUGGUGCUGUUCGAAUCUACGGAAGUUGCUGGACCAGCCAUGCUGGAAGCUGCCUUGAUCGAACUCUUCCGAAGUAAGCCAGGUUGCAAAAACAUCAGAGCUGGCGGUGACAGCGUCAUGGUGCCAACCAACUCCUUGGAUGGCCUCAUGUACUUCGUGCAUCUCUGCUGCCA